CUGCAGUGUCCUGGUCCUGCACAUGAAGAGAUUCAGCUUCACACCACAGUUUCAGCUGGUCAAAGUGCAGGACCCAGUUCUCCUCCGCAGGGAGAUCUCCCUGCUCCCCCACUUCAGGGAGAUCUCCCAGCUGACAGGGACACCUGAGGCAGCACAGCUCCCAGAAGCUCACCGGACGGAGAGCCAGACCACACAGGAGGCACAAAUGCCAGCUGAAGAACAACCAGGGGAUGCCUCAAGGAUGCUAGGUGGAGAUGCAGAAGAAGACGAUGCUUUGGAGGAGGAGAGUGACACCGUCUGCGAGAACCUGCCUACAGCAGACUCACUGCCCCCUGCAGGCGGAGACGGUGGUUUCCGAGACGUGGGAAGGGCAGCCAGUCGGACACCAGUACCAGCUUGUCGGUAUUCUCAGCCACCUUGGUUCCAGCGCAACCUCUGGUCACUAUGUCAGCGACACCUUCAGCGUGGAAGAGAAGGGCUGGCUCUCUUUCAGCGACCACAUAGUGACCAGGUCAGAUGAGGAGCAGGUGCUGAGGAAGAGGGAGAACAGCGCUACAUGCUGUUCUACACACAGCAGGAGUCCUUACACUGAAGACCGCUGAUGCCUCCAUACUGGGGACCAUAACUUAAAAAGUAUGGAAGUAGAGGAGAAUAUGGAAGAGGACCAGAAGGACAUGUAAGAGGAUCAGAAGCACACAUUUACAUGACCCUGCGUUGGAUAUCACCAUCGCCAUUUUCAUCAGGACAAUCUAUAGCAGCAGUCCCCCCUAUUUAGAUAACUUAAAAUGAUCAUUUUCUUUUAUUUACAAUAUAUUGCCAAAAAUUUUGGGACACCUACCUUAACCCACACCCAAUUGCUUCCACUUUGUUAUAAUACCACUAACAAUUGACCGUGGAAUAUUUAGUAGUGAGGAAUGGACUUAUUGUACAGGUGGCAUCCCAUCAUGACACCACUCUUGAAUUCGCUGAGCUCCUGAGAGUGACCCUUUCUUUCGUAAAUGUUUGUAGAACAAACAUUUACCUGUGAACAGGUGUGGCUCAUUAGGAGCCAGGUAGGGUAGAAAACCUACUGGACGGUAGCUGUCCAGGAGCAGAGUUGGAGACCCCUGUUGUAGAAGCAG